AUGGUUAGAGCUCCUUGUUGUGAAAAGAUGGGGUUGAAGAAGGGUCCUUGGACCCAAGAGGAAGAUCAAAUCCUCAUAUCAUACAUCCAAAAACAUGGCCAUGGAAACUGGCGUGCCCUCCCAAAGCUUGCGGGGCUGUUGAGGUGUGGAAAGAGUUGCAGACUAAGGUGGAUUAACUACUUGAAACCAGACAUCAAAAGAGGAAAUUUCUCAAGUGAAGAAGAAGAUGUUAUCAUCAAGAUGCAUGAGUUGCUCGGAAAUAGGUGGUCAGCAAUAGCAGCAAAACUACCCGGAAGAACGGACAAUGAAAUUAAGAAUGUGUGGCACACUCACUUGAAGAAGAAGUUGCUGAGUUCAGAUGCCAAAAGGGUUUCCAAUCCAAAAAUCAAACGAUCCGAUUCCAAUUCCAGCUCCCUAACUCAGUCAGAACCCACAUCAUCAUCAGCAUGCACUUCUUCCAGUGAUUUUUCAUCAUUCAGUGAAGGAACCAAGAACAUGGACAGCACCACCAUGAUCAAGAGUGAAGAUAUCGAGUCUGAGGAGACAACAAUGCCUCCAAUUGAUGAUAGCUUUUGGUCAGAAGCAACAGUUGAAUAUGAAAGCUCCACCAUGAUGAUGCCAUCAAAUUCUUGGACAAUUUCAAAUGAAUUUGCACCCUCUCAUUACCACCAAUACCAAUUUAAUUCAGUUGAAACCUUCCAACAACACAGUGUUGGCUAUAAUGAUUCAAACUUUGAUGAUGGCAUGGAUUUCUGGUAUGACAUAUUCAUCAGAUCAGGAGAGUCAAUAGAAUUGCCAGAGUUCUGA